AAAUCGCGUGGUUGUGUCGGAAACCGUCUCCACGACAACGCCGCUCCAAGCACCAACAAUUAGUUGCCAAUUUGAGGAGACAAUGAAAACCGAAACAACUUGAAUUGAAUGUUUUCGUAAGUUCUUUUGUCCGGGCUGAAAACUGAUCCAAAGCGCAGUGGUGUGUGGCGAAAACCAAAGCUCCAGCUGAAAUCAAAACCAAAGAUUCAUUCAUAAUGGCAUCAGGUUUGGAGCGGGUUAACGAAAAUGAGAUGAAAGCAAUGGAUGCCAACAGGUAUGCCACCAAAAAGACGAUCGCCCAGGGCAUGUUGGACAUCGCCCUGCUGACCGCCAAUGCCUCCCAGCUGAAGUAUAUCCUCCAAGUCGGCGAACAGCACCAGUUCUACAAGCUGAUGCUGAUCCUGAUCAGCCUAUCCAUAGUAAUGCAGGUCCUGUCGGGCGUGCUGAGCUUGUCCCUGAGUUUGCUGCGGGAUUGCCGGCUGCACCAGCCGGAGUUUCACCAGUCGGCCAAUAUCAUUAACCAUGUGCGCACGGGCUUCGCCUUCUUUACGACCAUGAUAAAUCUGUUUAUCUCGGCCUUUGACAGUCGACUGCCCCCGCCACAAGGCGACUUUCUUAACAACUAGGUCUAGAGGGUGGGAAUGGAAGAGUCCCGAGAGGGGCCAGUCUUUCGCUUUUGGACUUAAUGCAUUCCCUAUCCAUUUCAACAGCUUUUGGUGGGCAUUCUGUUUGUGGUCAUCGGCAGUCUCAACAUAAACAGGCAGCAGGAUCAGACGGCCGCGGUGAUCCUGAACGAUGUCAUUUUGGUGGUCGUGUUCAUAAUAUCCGUGGUGAACGUUAUCAUAUCCGG